AUGUCCGAUCCUUCGAGGGGUCGCGUUACCAUCACUCUAGGGCGUAGCGGUCAGGUUGUGAAGAGGGAUGUAUCUUCUGUAGAUGUUUCUUCUUUCUCUUCUCUUCCUUCAGCUGGCACUAAGCGGUCUGUGAGAGACAGGAUUGGAAAUAAUGCAGAUAGUUCUGUGUGGCACGGAAAUGGACUUGGCGGCAAUAAACGACAGCGAGGAGAUGUAAGAAUGCAAAAUGGACUGGAUGGCAAUGAUCUUCGGUUGAAGCUCAUGCAAAAAAGUGCAUCUAGGCAUUCUGACAGCAAUGGUAGCAAGAGGCAUAUGGAUCUCCGUGAAAAACUUUCAAAGGCAACUCACCCUCUAACAAAUAAUUUUAAUUCUAAGCAGCACAUGCCAGAAUCACGGGAAACAAGUUUGUUGAGGCACAUUCCCUCAGCUAGAAGUUCUGAUGAUUUAAUGCGCAUGGAAUCCAUGAGAAGCUCGUACUCUCCUUGGACAUUGGAUCAUAUUAGGAGAAGAUCGCCAGAUGGGUUUCCUAGUACAUCCAGGGGUAUUUCCCCUCAAAGGGAUGCCCAAGACCUACAGAGAAGGCCGUUAAACAGGACAUAUGAUGGUGUCAGAUCUGUUCCAUAUGUAAGUAGGGAUGUUCUUGAAACUUCGAGGCCUCCAGUGAGUACACCUCAAUCUUUCAUGUCACGCUCCGCAAUGUCCACAUUGCCUCCAGUAACUGCCAAGCCUGUAACAUCUCAUCCUGGCCAACUUCCUCCAUCGAGCAGUGUUGCACAAAGGUCUUCGUAUGUGGGUGAUGAACAAGUACAACAAUCAAACCAAACUGUGGAUGGCCUGCUACAUGCACUAGGACUUCAAAAAUAUGCCAUUCUCUUUAAGGCUGAGGAAGUGGAUAUGACUGCGUUGAAGCAAAUGGGAGAAAAUGACCUCAAAGAAAUAGGGAUUCCUAUGGGUCCAAGGAAAAAAAUUCUUCUCGCUCUCUUGCCUCGUACCAAGCGUCAACAGUGA